CAAAAACUUAUUAAAAAAUAUUAAAAAUGCUCAUUAUUGUUUAAUAAUAAUGAAACAUAAUGUAAACUGUAUAUUGAAAUGCCUAAUAUACAUUACUUUAAUUUUAAACAAUUAUUUAUUCGAUUUUAAUAGUAUAUUUCGAAUACUUCUAAGCCCACCCCACACUUCAGAAAAAAGCUAUAAUGAAACUUGGACUCGUAGUGUGUUCACGCUGGCUUGCAUUAUGACCUCUUUGUGACGGAGAGACAGCAUUAGAGAUGUACAUAUCAAAGUUUUACUAAAAUGCUCGAACAAAUCUAGAAUUUUCUUAUGGACGAUUACAUAUUUCUGUUUAUACUAAUGUUGUAUGAUAUUGUUAGUCAAAGAACUGAAGUAUAAUACAUUCAUUCGUGUGUUAAAAGCCUUUGUGUUUCCCUCCAAAACAUUUAUCAAGCAACAUGCCGCUCCUUCGUAAGCAACCAUUUCACAGACAGAAAAUACCACAGGAUCUCGAUCCGGAGGAAGAGGUUUUUCAUUGCAAAAUAACAAAUGAAAUUUUCAGGGAUUACAAUGCUUUCUUUGAGAGGAUUAUUCUGUGCAACAGUCUGGUAUGGUCAUGUGCACUCACAGGAAAGUCUGGCAUGACCUUUCAAGAAGCUACAGAAUGUGAAAACAGAGCAAAGAAAAACUUAUCAACUUUUCAGGACAGUUUGAAGAAGCCAUUACUCUAUCUGGCAUCACUAACACAAAGAAGUAGAUUGAAUGAUCUUAAUGAUGACGUUUUCGUCUUUGCCAAAGACCGUUUUUUCAUUGGUGAAACUCUUGAGUACAUUUCUGGAAGCCAAAGAAAAGCAUGCAGAGUUAUUGGUGUUAACCCUCCACAAGAAUCAAAUGGGGAUGUUAUUGUUAUUGAUGAUUCAGAGGAUUCUAACUCUACAAUAUCAGAAUCUAAAAGUCAGAAAAAGAAAAAAAAUGCUGGAAGUGAUCCUGUGAAGUUCGAGUACAUAAUAAGAAUUGUGGGAUCUUCUGACAUUGAAACAGUUCAAGCUGUGACCUUAUGUCGAAAAAAAGGAUUAUAUACAAGAGACAGAAGUAAGCUCUUCUUGAAGCAGCACUGCUCACCAGUCAAUGGAAUCUGGAAAGUUAAGGAUUCCCUCUAUAAGAAACUUGGAUUAAAUUCUGCAAAGUUUGAAGACUUUUAUGCAGGCCCUCCUCCUAAUUUUCAAAAGACUGUUUUGAAAAGAAAAAGUAACUCUAAGAAAUCACUUGAGCCAGUUGAUUCAGAGGUAGAUUUAGAAGACAGUAUUGAACACUCAAGCAGCAAAAUGAGGAAAAACAACAAAGGUCAAAGAGUUAGUUCAGAACCCCAGGUGGAAUAUGUUCCUCAACCAACUCCAGAAGACAGAGCCUUAAUGAAAGAAAAAAUGAAGCAGAAUAAAAUAGAUGAAAAGAAAAAAAUGCUCGAAGAAAAGGAAGCCAAAAAAGAAGAAAUGCGCCGUCAUAUCGAAGCAGAAAAACUUAGGCGAAAGGAAGAAAAAGAAAAGGAACGAGUUAAAAAGAUAGAAGAAAAGAGAAAAGAGUUGGAGCUCUAUAGGGAGUGGUCUAAACCUAGAGAUGACCUCGAAUGUGAUGACCUGAAGGAGAUGCCAGAAUUUAUUCUUGUCAGGACCAGGGUGCCAAUGGAGCUAUUUGGAGAUGCUGUUAUGAUACUGGAGUUUGCGCACAUUUUCAAGACAAUUUUUGAUUUCAGGCAGUUUUUCCCAAAAGGAUUUACAUGGGGAAUGAUUGAGUCUGCAUUGUUAGAUCAUGAACCUGAUGGCCCACUGUGUGACCUUUUACAGAUGUUGUUGUGUGCUUUGUUUAAUUUACAAGAAGAAGAAGCUGAUGAGUAUCAAGAGCUGGAGAAAGAAAAGAAAGACGACAGUACCAAAAACAAUGAAGAAAAAGAUGAUGAUAUGGAAGAAGAACUAACUACUAAUGAAGUCAUUCGUACAGCAACUAUUAUGGCCCAGUUUUCUAUGAAUACAUUAGGUAUGCCAUUACGUGAUACACUUUUGGAUCAGUUUACGCUGUCUGAAAUUGUCCGAAUUCAUCUUUUGUCUUCUGGUGCUAAGGCUAGUAACAAGAAUGCAAGGUUCCGUUAUCAGCAGAGAGGAGGCUACACAUGUCAUGAUGACCCAGGGCUAGAACUGAAAUUGAGUGACCCUGGAUUAGUUAAAUCCUUGGCCACAGUGAAUGUUUUUGAUUUGUCUCCAUUCGAUAAGGCCAAGAUUAUUAACACCUUAAUACAACAGAUUCUCACAUUUGCAAUGGUUCGUGAUAUGAUAGAAGAAAAUGGUGAAAAGUUGCGUCUCAAGAAGUAUGAUCUGAAGCAGUUGCAGUGGGCAGAGCAAAGAAGGGAGAGAGAAGAGCAGGCUAACAGAUACAAGAAAAUGAUAGAAGAGAAAGCUAAAGAGCAAGCCCGUAGAUUGCAGCAUCUAAUUUCUGAACAGUCAAGCUCCACUGCUGAAACUCCUUCAAUUGAAUGUUUUGAAGACAAAACUCCAGAACAAAAGGAGCUGGAAAAGCAGAAAGAACACGAAAUGGAUGCCAGAAAAAAAAGUGAAUUUGCCAAGAAAGAAUAUGACAGUCUUUUAGAAAUAUUGGAGCUUCAAAAAAUGGUGUCAAUCUACCCUAUUGGGAGAGACCGUCUUUAUAGGAGAUAUUAUUUCUUUUCUUCUCUCAGUGGAUUAUUUAUUGAGGAUCACGAGUUGAAUGUACCAGCAGCCAUGAUGAAACCACAGCCCCCGGUAUCAAAAGAAGAAAAAGAAAACAAUAAAAGGACAAAUAGUGAUGAGUGUAUAGUGAUCAGUGAUGCCGAGUCUGACACCAGUGAUAAAAAAAAUAUGGAUGAAAAGGAUGUUAAAGAAGAGAAAAUGGAGGUCACAGAGGAUCUUAAAUUGGAAAAUAGUGAAACUGAAAAGCAAUCCCAUAAGCCCAUUUGGAAAUUCUUAGACACUCCUGAACAUUUAGAUGCUUUGAUAGCCUGCUUAAACACAAGAGGCUUCAGAGAAUGUUCCUUGAGAACGUCUUUGAUGGAGUUGAAACCAGUCUUGUCACAUGCACUGCAAGAUUGUCCCACUGAUAUACUCUGUCUGCCUGAAGAUGGGGGUGAAGAAAAGGCUAGAAUACAGGCGCUUGCCAUGACUAGAGGAAUCUCCAGCAAGAAAGCAGCACAGGAUGCUCUCAUUGUGGACAAAGCAGAAGUAACAAUGGAACUCAACCUUCGUGAUGCUCUGCUUGACAUGGAAGAUAGAAUUCAUGUUGGAGGACUUGGUACCAUUAAGGUGAAGAACAGGUCGGCCUGGAGAGAAGCUAUCUUACAUAAGAGCUAUGACUGUCAAACAGAUGAUCCCCUUUUUGCAUCAUCAGGAAAAGUCUUAGUAAAUGGUGGGGAAUGUGUUCUCACAGAAAAUGCAGACUCUGAGUCAGCAUCUCGUGAACUUGCGAAGGCUUUGGUUCAGAUUGCCAGAGGUGUGGACUCAAGGUGUUUGAAGGAACCUUUAAAAGAGGAUGAUCAGAAGAAAAAGAAACAACCAAAAGAAAAAAAAAAGAAAGAGGAAGAUGAAACUUUAGAAGCAGAAGAAAUCUCUGCAACAAGAAGUGGCAGAAAUUUAUUUGAACGCUGGGAGGAUUCAUUACUGUCAGCCACCAGCUUGUCUCAGGUUUACCUUCACCUGGCUACUCUGGACAAGAGCAUUGUGUGGGCCAAGUCUACUCUGGAGACUAGGUGCAAGUUGUGUAGGAGAAAAGGGGACCCAGAUAAGAUGUUACUGUGUGAUGGUUGUGACAGGGGACAUCACAUGUACUGCCUGAAGCCUCCAAUGGAUACUGUUCCAAGUGGUGACUGGUUCUGUUCUGAAUGUAGACCAAAACAAACACCCAAAAGUCCAGUACGAAAAGGCAGAAGGAAAACAUUUUCAGAAGUUGAUGAAGAACCGUCAGAAGGAGAGGAAUACAGUGAGAAUGAAGAAGAUACCACACAGCAAGAUGAUGACAAUGAGGAAGAUGAAGAAAACGAUUCCCAGGACAGCACUGUCCAGUCUGAUACAGAGGAAGAUGUCAAUGAUGAACUUAAUGAAAACCCAGAGGAGGAUGUGUGUGUGGGGUGUAAGACUCCAGGAAUGUUGAUAUGUUGUGACUGCUGCCCCAGGGCCUAUCACUUGCAUUGUGCUAAACCUCCUUUGAAAAAGGUUCCUAAAGGAAAAUGGAUGUGUCAAAUAUGCAUGGGCAUUGAAAGAACUGGUAAAAUUAAAAUAAGCAGUGGUAGGGGAGGUAAAAUGAAAGGCAACAGAACUAAGGAAAAAAAAUCAGCUAAUGGAAGUCAUCCAGGUUCAAGAAAGGAAAGUCCAAGAGACAGCCCCAUGUUAGGCAGGCCUAAAAAACAUCAAUCGCCAUCACUAACACCGAAACAACCCAAGAUGAAGAAAAGCAAAUCACAUUCAAGAUUCUCUUUAGAUUCAGCAGAUGACAAUAACCCUAUCAUACGACUCAUGAAACCUAUAAAUCCAAGUUCCAAAAGGGCCAAUAACCAUCAGCAACAAAUGAAGGCAGCAGAGGAAUUGAUCAACGAACUGAUAAAACAUGAGGAUGCCUGGCCAUUUUUGAAACCUGUUGAUAAGAAGCUGGUUCCUGAUUAUUAUAGUGUCAUUAAAAAGCCCAUGGACUUUGGCACUAUCCGGAAUAAAAUACAUGCAUUUAAAUACCAGAAGCCCUCUGAAAUGCUUGAUGAUGUUCGCCAAAUUUUUGACAACUGCAUAGAGUAUAACAAUAGAAACAGUCCAGAAUAUAAAGCUUACUUCCGGCUCUCAAAACAUUUUGACAAACGCUUGAAGGAAAUGUCAUUGGCUGAGGACGUUUUAGACUCUUCAAAACUUCAAAACAGAGGACGUGUAUCAGUGUGAUCUUCAAAUGAGAUGAUUGUGAAAUCAACAACUGAUGACUAUAACAAGAGCAAGCAUGGUGUAUUUGUACUGAAACUAGGUUAGUAACAUUGGAUGAAAUAGGUUGAAAGUAGUUGUAAUGAGAAAUAUAAACAUUUGAUGAUGUGCUUUCCAUUAGAAUAUUUAUUGACUCAAUGUUCUUACUAAAUUAAUGAAUUAGUACAAUAUCUGUUAGUGAAAUAUGUGAUUAUUUCAACACCUUGUAUGUUAAUUGUUUUUAAUCAACCAUAAUUUUGGUUAUUUGAACACUAGGAUGUAGUUUUGUUUUGACUUUGCCUUUAUAAGUGUUGGCUACCAUACUCCCGGUUGAAGGAGACUUGAUUACAAUAAAUUGACAAAGCAAAAUGAAAUAUACACAUAUUUCUACAUGAUUUGUGGAGUUUUCUUUGGUCUGGUGAGUUGAAAGGCUGCUAUGAUCACCAAGUGAUUAACAACAACGUUUGAAUGUAAAUAUGUGUUUUAGUAAGAAACAUUGAAUGGAUCAUUUUAUUGUCUUGUCCUAUGACUUAAUGUACAUAUAUGUAUAUAGAUAUUGAGCAGAAGGUUUCAAAACAUUGACUUUGGAACUUUGUAUGGUAAAUAAAACAUUCCCAGAGAACAGUUUAGUAUUAAAAAGAAUUAUCAAAUUUUCUACACAUUUUAAUUUAUUCCUCAUCAUCAUAUUAGAAAUCUACAAGUUAGCCUUGUACCUGAGUGGGUUGGUAUUGAUCUGGACAGGUUUUUAGGAAAUCACUGUAAUGCUCUCAGCUCUUAAACAAAACUUGUAUAAGGCACAAUCUUUACUGGGGGCUGUUGAUACUAAGUUUUGUUCUGGCAAUAUAUAUAUAUAUAUAUAUAUAUAUAUAUAUAUAUAUAUGAAAUAAAACAAACUUCAAGUGUUGCUUUGGCAAUGAACAGAAACCAUUAACACUCUGUGUGCAUUCUGAACAUUGUUUUCCAUUUUUUGAAGUUGUUAAAUUUCUACUCAUCUAGAAUCAGCUACUAGCUUUGAAGAAAAGCACUUUAAUUCGACUAAAAUCUGCUUCUAAAGCAAAUUAUAUACAGUUUCUAAUAUUAAGACAGGAAAUUUUGUUAGUUUUUAUAAUCAGACAAGGUAAUGAUAUAUAUAUAUAUAUUUAAAUAUACUUAUAUAUCUAUAUAUAAUGAUUUGUAUUGAAUUCAUUUGUAUGAACAGGCAUAAAAACAAUUUUUUCUUGUUGGAAACUAGAACUGAUCUUUAAAUAAUUUGUAAUGAAUUUUAUAUCUCCAUAUUUUUAAAGAAUAUUUCAAUUAAUAAUAACUAAAUGUAGUGUGAUUAUUCUUAGUGAUUAAGAAUGAAAAUGUUAUACAUAUUUCUUCUAAUGUGUGUGUGAUGUAUACUGAAAUAAUUUAAGAAAAAGGAAUAUUUUUUCUUUAAAAAUAGAUUAAAAAAACAACAACCAACCAACAAUUAGUUGUAUACUCCGUCCAAGUCUAGUUUCCUGGAUUUGUAUUAGAUGUGUUUCAAAGUUGUACUUCAUACACUAAAUAGAAAAUAUUUGGUCAUCUUUUGUUAUUAGCUUAGCAUGUACUUGUUUUGUACCAGGUUUUUUGGAAUCUUGGGUUUAGUUUUUUAAAUAAAGUUGUCAGAAAGCUGAUUGUGAAGGGCAAGGAUUUGGCAGGAGACACAACUGGUUUCACACCAAACUGAACAUAAGAGUAAUCAUUUGAAGUCUGCCUAACUCACUCCUUUGUAGAAUGAGGAUGUGUUGUUUAUAAUACAUAAUUUCGUAGCACAACUAAUAUAUAUACAGACAAGUUAUGCACAAGUCUGGACUAAAAAGUAAUAUAUAUAUGUACUGAGAUGACAUGUUUGUAUUGUAAUAAUAAUGACUGCCCUAUUUCCAAUAGCAGCAUUGAAAUUUGAUUGAGCUAAGCAUUCAUUUGUAAUUCUCCCUUAUAAAUGUCUAACUAGUUCUGUAAUGUGUCUUUAAAGACAUGGGAGGUGAUUGAUUCAGGUAAUAUUAUUCCUGAUAAUCUAUAGAUUGAAUCAUAAUCCUUCAGUUUUAUUUCAUUAGCACUGAAACUUCAUUUAGUUUCACCUUUAGUUUAAAUUUGUGAAACUUCUCUUCGCCCUAUGCUAUUAUACAAUGAACACUCAAUAUACACUUAGCACUAUGAGCAAGGGAAGCCUUUAAAGAUCAGUCAUUACAGCUUGUAAGUGCUAUUACAAUAAAGAAUGUUCAAACAAAGAUUUUGUUUUACCCAAAUUUGAAUAAAAAAUGUAUUUUAGUUAAAUCGGGUUAAGAUAUUUUCACCUUUCUUGAGUGAAUCUGGUUUAUUACACUUCUCUUUGUUUUUCUAUACAGAUAUUUUGAUUCUAUACUGUCUACAAAGUUUGAAAGUCAAGUAAUGUGCAUGAGUGGAGUGAUGUUGUACUGAAUGACUGUUUGUAAGGAGUGAAUGAUAUUUUAUAUUUUUCUUUAAGGAAAUAAAAGAAUUUCUCAAAACUUU